AUGCUUUCCCGCUCUCUCCGCAUUCGCUCAUCUCCGAUCAGCUUGCGCACUUCCUUUCAGUCCCAGCCUUCUGUCUCUCGGUCGCUCCAUACUGGUCUACGCUUGACCGACACUCGAACACUGGCGACCGCGCGCAGCUCCUCUAGAACAGUUUCGAACAACUUCGGCUCCCGGUUGUCGUCGAUUACUCGGCACUUCUCGUCCUCGUCCCCCACGUUCGAAAACACAAGCCCCUCCACGAUGGCUCCCGUCGAGGUUCAACAGUACGACUACAUCGUCUUGGGUGGUGGUAGCGGUGGCAGUGGUAGCGCGCGUCGUGCGGCCGGUUGGUACAAGGCGAAAACCCUGAUUGUCGAGAGCGGCCGAUCUGGCGGCACUUGUGUGAAUGUCGGGUGCGUUCCCAAGAAGAUGACCUGGAACUUUGCUUCGAUCAACGAGAUGAUGGAAGGUGCCAAGCACUACGGCUACGAUAUCCCCGAGGGAACCAAGAUCAACUACAAGCAUUUCAAGGACACUCGAGAUGCCGAGGUCAACAGACUCAAUGGUAUCUACGAGCGCAACUGGAACAAGGAGGGCAUUGAUCUUAUUCACGGACGUGCCCGCUUCGUGGAACCCAAGGUGAUCGAGGUUGGCUUGCCCGACGGUACGAUCGCUCGCUAUACCGCUCCGCACAUCCUGAUCGCGACAGGUGGUCGACCAAACCUGCCUGACGUCAAGGGUGCCGAGCACGGUAUCACCAGCGACGGCUUCUUCGAGAUGGAGGAGAUGCCUCCCAAGAUUGCCGUUGUCGGUGCUGGUUAUAUUGCCGUGGAGUUGGCCGGUGUGAUGAACGCCGUCCACGUGGAAACACACAUGUUUAUUCGCGGCGACACCUUCCUGCGCAAGUUCGACCCCAUGGUGCAGAAGACCAUGACGGAUCGCUACGAGGCCGCCGGUGUCAAGAUGCACCGUAAGCACCCGGGUUUCAAGGAGAUCCAGCUUAUCCGCGAUGGCAAGGGCAAGGACAAGCUGCUCAAGCUGAUCAGCAACGACGGCUCCGAGUUGGAGGUCAAUGAGGUUCUGUGGGCCGUUGGUCGUGCUCCUGAGGUUGAAGACCUGCACCUCGACAUUCCCGGUGUCAAGUUGAACGACAGCGGUCACGUCAUUGUGGAUGAGUACCAAAACACUUCGGUCCAGGGCGUCUAUGCUAUCGGUGAUGUGACCGGCCAAGCCGAGCUUACCCCAGUUGCCAUUGCCGCCGGUCGUCACCUCGGUAGCCGUCUCUUUGGCCCCUCCGAGUUCAAGACCGCCAAGCUCAACUACGACAACAUCCCCACCGUUGUCUUCUCCCACCCCGAAGUCGGCACCAUCGGUCUGACCGAGCCCGAAGCGCGCGAGCGCUACGGCGAUGACAAGAUCAAGGUGUACCACACCAAGUUCACCGCCAUGUACUACAGCGUGAUGCCCAGCGAGGAAAAGGCCAAGAACCCCACCGAAAUGAAGAUCGUCUGCGCUGGUCCCCAGGAAAAGGUGGUUGGUCUGCACAUCCUCGGCCUCGGUGUUGGCGAGAUGCUUCAGGGCUUUGGAGUGGCCGUCAAGAUGGGUGCUACCAAGGCCGACUUUGAUAGCUGUGUGGCGAUUCACCCGACAAGUGCGGAGGAGUUGGUCACUAUGCGGUAA